AGUCCCGGGGCUGCAGGGAGCGCAGCGCGCGCGGCCCGGGCCCCGGCCACCGGACGCCCUACCGGACACGACCCUCCCUGGAGCUUGGACAACUGCCCACCUCGGACGCUGCACCGGACACUGCCCCCCACAGGGCUGGACACUCCAACGGACACUACUUCCCAGCUCCGGACAUUGCUCCCUCCUCUCCCGGGGCCCUGGACUCUUUUCCCCCUCCCCCCUCCGGGGGCCCAGACACUGAGCCCCCCUCAGCGUCUGGCUAGCGUCCCCUUGCACCCCAGCCCAGGACACUGCCUCCUCCCUGUCCUCUUCUCCCUUCUGCUCCUCCCACCUCAUCUUUCCCCUGCUCGGGUCGGAGCCCCGCCAGUUCCUCCGACCCCCUGCUGCUCGGCUGCGGCUGCCCGCGCCCCCAUCCCCAGCUCCUCGCCCGGAUGCCUCUCCCCGGGGGACUAUGGUGGCUUCUCUGCUGCCGUCGAGGCUUCACCCUUCUGCACCGGGACUACGGGGACGGCGAGCUUAGCGGGGACGGGGACGAGGACGAGGACGAGGAAACCUUUGAGCUGCGGACCCCGAGUCCAGCGGGCGGCGGGAGGGGUCCCCUGGAAGUGACGCUGACUCAGCCAGUGAGGAGCGGGCCUGUCUCCAACAGGCUGCAGAGCUGGGAGGAGACUUGGAGCCUCAUCCCGGAGAAAGGGCUGCCGGAGGACGACCCGGACAUCGUUGUGAAAGGUUGGCUGUACCGGGAGCCUCGCGGAGGAGGGGCGCGGCCCUGGCUGCCCCCGCGCCGAGCCUGGUUUGUGCUCACGCGGGACUCCCUGGAUCAGUUCAGCAGCAGCGGGAAAGGGGCGCGGCGUCUCGGGAGCCUCGUGCUCACCAGCCUGUGCUCGGUGACCGGCCCAGAGCGCAGGCGUAAGGAGACAGGUCUGUGGUCAGUGACUGUGUCUGGUCGGAAACACAGUGUCCGCCUCUGCUCCCCACGCCAGGCAGAGGCUGAGCGCUGGGGGGUGGCAUUGCGGGAAGUGAUCGCCUCCAAGGCACCCCUGGAGACCCCCACCCAGCUACUGCUCAGGGACAUACAGGAAAGUUGCGGGGACCCAGAGGCCGUUGCCCUCAUUUACCUGAGGAACCCGAUUCUGAGACACACUAGUGGAGCCUUGUAUGCCCCACUCCUGCCCCUGCCCUAUGGAGUCAGCGCCCCAGGUCCGGGCUAUGCACCCCUGCGCGAGGAGGCGGUGCGGCUGUUCUUGGCGCUGCAGGCGCUGGAGGGGGCGCGGCGCCCCGGGCCCUUGAUGCAGGGUGUGCUCCAAACCUGCCGGGACUUGCCCGCGCUCCGGGAUGAACUCUUCCUGCAGCUGGCUAAGCAGACCUCGGGCCCUGCAGGUCCCCCCGGGCUCCCGGCUACCCAAGACCCUGCGGCCCUGCGGUACUGGCAACUCCUCACCUGCAUGAGCUGCACCUUCCGACCUGGGGGAGCUGUGCGGGGGCACCUCCUGGGGCACUUGGAGAGGACCGAGCAGGCACUCCCGGACUCGGAACUGGCGGAAUAUGCUCGCUUCAUCCGGAAAGCGCUGGGCCGGACGCGCGGCAGAGAGCUGGUGCCCUCGCUGGCGGAGAUUUCCGCGUUGAGCCAACGGCGGGAGCUGCUGUGUACCGUGCACUGUCCGGGGGCUGGUGCCUGUGCUGUGGCCAUCGACUCCCACACCACGGCGGGGGAGGUGGCUCGAGAGCUGGUGGGGCGGCUGGGCUUGGCCCGGAGCCGCAACGCAUUCGCGCUGUACGAGCAGCGAGGGGCCCAGGAGCGAGCCCUGGCUGGGGGGACUCUCGUGGCCGACGUGCUCACCAGGUUUGAGAACUUGGCCGCGGAGGAAGCUGGGUUGGAGGACUCGCCCGACUCCGGGUGGAGACUAUGUCUGCGUCUUCACGGACCUCUGCACCCUGAGGGGCUGUCCCCAGACGGUCACGAACUGCCUUUCCUCUUUGAGCAGGCUCACGCUCUGCUGCUGCGGGGCCGGCCGCCCCCACCCGACGACACGCUGCGCGCCCUGGCGGCGCUGCGCCUGCAGAGCCUGCAUCGGGACUUCUCUCCGCGGGUGCCCCUGCCCCGCCUGGACCGCCUGCUCCCGCCCCCGGCCCCGCCGCGCGAAGACCCGCCCCGCCCGACACCCAGGCCGCCCCCUUCCGCUGCCCUGCUGGCCGGGGCGCUCUGGAGCCCGGGCCUGGCCAAGAGGCGGGCGGAGCGGGCCCGGCGCGGCGGGGCCGGCCGCACUGCGGGAAGCAUUGCCCGCGAGGGAGGAGGCGGCGCCGGCACGGCAGCUGCCGUGCUGGGCGGCUGGAAGCGGCUACGGGGCAUGGGCCGAGCUGAGGCCAUGGCCGCCUACCUGGCCCUGGCGGCGCAGUGUCCGGGGUUCGGCGCUGCUCGGUAUGACGUUCUGGAGCUGAGCACGGAGCCUGGUGGGGGUGCUCCACAGAAGCUGUGCCUGGGCUUGGGAGCCAAGGCCAUGUCCCUCUCCCGGCCAGGGGAGACAGAGCCCAUCCACAGUGUCAGCUAUGGCCAUGUGGCCGCCUGCCAGCUAAUGGGCCCCCACACCCUGGCCUUGAGGGUGGGAGAGAGCCAGCUCCUCCUGCAGAGCCCCCAGGUGGAAGAGAUCAUGCAGCUGGUGAAUGCCUACUUGGCCAACCCCUCCCCCGAGAGGCCCUGCAGCAGCUCUUCUCCUCCAUGCCAAGACCUGCCAGACACCUCCCCUCCCAGCCAGUGCCCGGGCCUGGACGAGCCCCAGGGACAGUCUGGCUGCUUGGGGCAGCUGCAGGACUGAGCCUGCCAAGAGGUCACGACUUCCCUCCUGCCUGCAGCCUGGGCCAGGACUGCUCUGAGAUUUGAGGGAAACAUGGACCCUUUUGGCCCUGCAGGGACAGGGCACAUCCCACACCCAAGGGCUACAAUGGGUGUGGGUAAUUUUCUAGUUUGUUUCUUAAUUUAUUUGUAGAAGAGAAGCAAAAAAAAAAAAAAAAGUUUCUUAUUUACACAAA